AAUUCAAAAGUUGAGGUUUGAUGAUUUGGUGAUGUCUUCUUUGAAGACAAAUUGAGGGUGUUGUGAUUUCAUUUGGUAUCGAUAUUUGCUUUUUUAGAUUUCUAUCUGAUUUGGCAAGAACAUAAGACACUCGGAGUCGAAUUUAAGUUAGCAUAUUGGAGGCUUGUGUGGCAUCUCUAUGUCUAUGCUAGCUGCAUCAAGCAGAUUUUGAGGGUGUCGGGAUUUUUUGGUGGGCGUUUCCAUUCAUCAUUACCUCUAGAACUAUACUUGUGGCUAAGGAAAUCGAGUAAAGCUUGUAUCCAUGACGUAGGGUUAAGAGGAAGAGUGAUUGGGACGUGAGCUUUCUGCUGGUCAUGCACAGCGAAGAACAUACAUUCAAAGAGUUUGGGAACGAUUUAUUCCUCUAUUUCAAGACUUGGUAUUCUCUCUGGCUGGUUUAUCUCUGGUCCCUGGAGCUGGAUAGGAGUCGCGGGAAUGACCAGAACAUUUCUGUCUGGGCGUGGCCAUUAAUCUUGCAUUCAAGUCGGGACUCCUGAGGUUGUUGGGAUUCAAAGCUUAUCAUAGUGCUGUUCAUGCUCAAUACAUUUGCAACAUUAUUCCAGCCAUGACUGAUAUUCAUAUUUGAAGGAUACUCUCUGCUUAUUUCCCUUCUUGCCAUUAGCCUUGGCUGUAGACCUGUACGUGGACAGAGAUAAAGGAAAUACUUGGAGCUUAAUGUACCUCAUAGUUGCUGCUGUAUAAUUUCUGAGUAUUAAAUGGUAGAUUAUUAUUUGUAAUUUCUGAGCAAUAUUCAAGCCAUCACAGACUGGUUUUUGCAAGUGAAGGAAAGUAUCUCUAUCAACUUGAAGGGAGGCUGAAUAUCGUAUGUCUGAGAUUCAGUUUAUGAAUUGUACAAGAACAGGAUCUAGAUUUGUACGUUUUGUUAAUUAGCUUUGGAGGAGUUAUUGGAUCCCCAGCUGUUUUGAAAAUGAGACUCCGGCAUGCUAUGGUGUGUGCAUCAAACCAGAAUCGCAGUAUGGAAGCACAUGCUUUGUUAAAGAAGCAUGGUUUUGAUGUAAGUUCUUAUGGGACUGGAGCCCAUGUUAAAUUACCUGGACCUUCAAUCAGGGAGCCAAAUGUAUAUGAAUUUGGAACUCCUUAUCGAAGAAUGUUUGAUGAUCUAAAGCGUAAAGAUCCAGAAUUAUAUAAAAGAAAUGGACUUCUGCAGAUGCUUAAACGGAAUUUAAAUGUGAAAAUGGCACCACAGCGAUGGCAGGAAAAUGCUGCAGAUGGUUCGUAUGAUGUGGUUUUCACAUUUGAAGAGAGGGUGUUUGACAUGGUCAUUGAAGACCUUCAUAAUAGAGAACAAGUUUUAAUGAAAAGUGUAUUGGUGAUUAAUCUGGAUGUCAAAGAUAAUCAUGAAGAAGCAGCCUCUGGUGCACGUUUGGCAUUAGAUUUGUGUCAGAAGCUUGAGGCAGUUGAUGCUUGGGAGGAUGACAUAGAUGAAAUAGUUAUAAGAUUUGAGAGGCAGCACAGACGGAAGCUUAUAUACACCAUCUGCUUUUACUGACCAAUUCUGGAAGGAUAAAAUUUCCUUCUGUUGAACCUUAUUUGGGCUCAGAAAUUGGGGAAUGCAAUCAGAAAAUGUAGCGAUGUUUCUACAUGGGAAUGAGAAAUAAUUUCACUUCUGUAACAUGCAUGGAUUUUGGAAGUCAUGCAAUAUUAUACAAAUCAUUCAGAAUUUUGUUUCAAUUA